GUACAGGCUGGAGUUGACGCAUGAUCUGUUCCUUUAAGUGGGCCAGAUCCUGGUGAUAUGUAUAGUGACAUCUGAGGAGUUGGUGGUCCAGCAGUAGAGUGUAUUAGUGUCACAUCACAUCAGGUACGGAAAUGAAGGACUACUGUAGAUUUUCCGAUACUUCUGGUCCCUGCUGCUUAUGUUUGCUGAAAAAGAUGGAGCUUUUUCAUCAUUCCUGGUGCUUCUCCCAACUUCUGCUCUGCCUAGGACUGUUCUACUCAACAAGGGCUGAUGGCGGCGUCCCACUUUCGAAGUACUUGGAUGAGAGAAACCAGUUUCUACAGAAUGAAAUUGUGCGAGGUGUUGGAGCAGAUCUGGUCCUGAACCAAAAAGAGAAGAGAGUGGACGAUAUUUUGCUGGCAGCAAAGAAAAAGGAGUUCAUUGAGGGGUUUGCAGAGACAUUCCCACCAACUGUGAAUUUCUUGGAAGGAAAACCGCUUGUUGAAAAAAGUGUUGUAUUUGACAUCAUUAAAAGAAUGCCAAAAGGGGGCAUCCUCCACAUUCAUGAGAUUUCAAUGGCCGAUCCGUGGUGGGUGAUUCAGACAAUUACAUAUCUUCCGCACCUACACUACUGCGUCAUGGAUGAUUACUUCUCGUCAAUCCACUUCAAGUUUUCAGAGGCCAUGCCCCAGGAGAAGCCAGCGGAAUGCAAGACGGAGUGGCUCCUCGUCUCCGAAGAAAGAGAGGCGAUGGGCUCCUCUUCUUUUGAUCAGUUACUAUACCAUAACCUGACAAUGUUUGCCCAGCACCCGGACGAUGUGUACGCAAACACAACGAUGUCCUGGCUUCGGUUCCUGAAGGCGUUGAACUCUCUGACGGACCUGUACUACAGCACCACAUCGUUUGAACUGUUUGUGAGGCAGAGUCUCCUUCAGAUGGUCCAGGACAAUGUCCAGUAUGUGGAGAUCAGAUCCUUGCUCUUUCCACUUGAGGAGUUGGAUGGUACCAUUCAUUCUCCAGAGUACACCUUGCAGAAGUUCAUCAAGGUUGCAGAGGAAUUCAAGAAGUCCUAUCCGAAUGAAUUUUUGGGCCUCAAAAUUAUUGAAUCUUCCAUCAGACAUCCUGUCAAUAGAACCUUCAUCAUGGACCAGGUCCUACAGGCGAUAGAUCUACGUAAGAGGUACCCGGACUACUUUGCUGGGUACGACCUAGUAGCCCAAGAGGAUGGAGGCGGGCCCAUCUCUGACUAUCUCAACGAGCUCCUGUACCCCUCCGAAGUUGGGGCAGACUUGCCGUUUUUCUUCCAUGCGGGUGAAACAAACUGGCAAGGAACGUUUGUUGAUGACAAUCUCAUUGACGCUAUUCUUCUCAAUACCAGUCGCAUUGGACAUGGCUUCGCCAUCACUAAGCAUCCCUCUGUCAUGGAGAUUGUAAAGUCAAAGGGCAUCGCGAUCGAGCUAAACCCAAUUUCAAACCAGGUGCUUCACCUGGUCCAUGAUUUGAGGAACCACAUCGGUGCUACCCUGAUAGCGGACGACUACCCGGUGGUGGUCAGCUCUGAUGACCCCGCAGCGUGGGGAUCAUUGCCAUUGUCACAUGACUAUUACAUGGCCUUCAUGGCCAUGUCCGGAGAGACAACCGGCUUGACGCUACUCAAGCAGCUAGCUUUGAACACAUUCAAAUACAGUGCCAUGACAGAGCAUGAAAAGGCCGCAGCUAAUGGUCUAUGGCAAGCCAAGUGGGACAUCUUCCUGGAUGAAAUAAUUGCAAAAUAUGAACGUACUGGAACAACAGUGAAAGAGGAGCUGUGAUGCAUUAAUAUGUGCCACGGUGCUGUUCUACACAAUGGGUACUACACGAUAUUCUCUAAAUAUCCAUUGGCCCGUAUUCUGAAGUCGGGU